AUGCCCUUCGUGGCGCAGCCAUCAGAUCUCAUGGAACUUGGCCAUGGGAGUCGCUGCACCGAGGAGCACGCGCUCAGCGCAUCGUCCUGCGCCACCGCAACAGGCUCGCGUCCCUUUAUGGACAAUCGCUGCAGACCCUCCUUCGCAGUCACAGAACGCGCGACGAUGAUCGUGCCCUCAUGGAUGACCGCGUAUUUCGCGGCCGCCGCAGGUCGACUCCACACCCGCGCGCGCGUCCAGAUGCACGCAGCCAGCCUGCGGAAGCCUGCCCAGACGGUGGACGCGGGCUUCGAACGCACGGCGCAAAUCGCGCAGGCAGAUUGA